ACAGGAUACAAGCGUUAGUUCACUGUAUGAGAGACUGGCUUCUCAAACAACAUCUGGAUAUGGAGAUAUUACAUCUAAGUCUUCUCGUCACACUGUGCAUGGGGGUCCACAGGUCAUCUUCAAAAAUUUUGCAACGGCAAAAAAGAUGGAUCAUCGACUCUUUUACCAUUGAUGAAAGCUACAAUGGAAAUUUCCCCCAUUCACUGGGUCAUGUUAAAAUUGAGGAGGACAUAGUCCUUUUCCAGAUACAUGGCCAAGGUGUGGAUAAGGAGCCUCGUGGUGUGUUAAGAAUGACAGAAGAAACUGGAGAGCUGUGGUUGCUCAGCCCAGUGGACCACGAACAAUACCAAGCUUUUCAGUUGACUUUUCAGGCAAUUCAUAAGACAGACAGAAGCGUACACACACAGCUCAGCAUUAUAAUAAACAUUGUGGAUUCAAAUGACUGCGCUCCGACAUUUGACCGGGAGAAUUACGAAAUCAGUGUCAAGGAAUCAACGCUACAAGGUAGUGAAUUGAUUGCUGUUAAAGCAACGGACAGAGACCUGUCGGAAAAAUUCAAAAAAUUUGACCUUCAAAUUGUCUCAGUGAUUCCUCAGCCACGAGAUGUGGAGUUCUACUUAACUCAGUUUCUUGAUGAGGUUGGAAAAAUCUCAUUUAAAGGAUGUUUAGACCAUGAGCAAGCAGACAAAUACACCAUCAUAGUAGCAGCAAAAGACCAUGGAGAACCACAACAGCUCUCCAGCUCCUGCACCAUUGUUCUCAACAUCGAAGAUGAAAAUAACCACCUUCCAGUGAUCACGCAACAGAAGGCUGUAGUCAGAGUGAAAGAAGACCAGGAAAAUAUUCUUCUUUUACGUGUGCCGGUUACAGACGAAGACGUCAAAGACUCACCGUCAUGGUGGGCUGAAUUUCACAUCAAAGAAGACACAGAUAAUAACUUCAGAAUCACUACUGACAAAAAGACUAACGAAGGAAUCCUGUAUUUGAACAAGAGUCUGGACUAUGAGAAGACUCCCGUAAAGAAUAUCACCAUCACUGCGAAAAAUGAGGCUCCCUAUUACGCGUGCAAGGUGCUGGAGAGGAGCACCAUGGGUCUUUGGAAAGUGGCCUUCGCCGGUGACUCAGCUGGGAAAGCACCGGCGCCAACUCCCAGCAGGCAGCAAGUGACAGUGAUUGUGGAGAAUGUCAAUGAGGCUCCAAUCUUUGACAUGUCUCACCAAAGCGCCAGGGUGAUGGAGGACACUGAAGUGGGAACGUAUCUGAAGACAUUUUCAGCUAAAGACCCUGACGUCAAAAAUGCUGACAGAAUUGUAUACAAAAAAGGGAAAGAUCCGGCUGGUUGGGUGUCAGUGGACGCUAAGACUGGAAAAGUAACCACAACCAAGAUUUUGGAUCGAGAGUCAUCUUUUGUUAAUAACAGUCUCUAUGUAGCCACAAUACAUGCCGCUGAUGAUGGGAAACCUCCAAAGACAGCCACGGCGACGCUGAGCAUCCUGAUCAGUGACGUAAAUGACAACACUCCAGUCCUGGUUUCAAACAUAAUAGACUUGUGUCAGUCUGAUGAACACUCAAUGGCCCGCAUUGAAGCUUCGGACCUGGACCAGGAGCCAAAUGCUGGACCUUUCAAUUUCAAGCUCCUUGGAGAUGUUAAGGACAAGUGGAGUCUCGACGGAGCUCAUGCGUCUUCAGUCAACCUGGUGAAAGAGAAAGCUGUUCAUUCUGGACACUAUGACCUGGAGCUAGCGGUGGCUGACCUGCAGGGGAAGACGGCCGUCCACAGCCUGUCAGUCACUGUGUGCAAGUGUUCAGACCCAACCAAGCCAAACUGUCGCAUCAGAAAAUCUGCAGUUUCUUCCACAGGAGGAGCGACAGUAGCGAUUAUUCUACUGAGCCUGCUGCUAAUUGCAGGUUUGCUUCUCUUAGCUCUUCUGUUUUCAUGCAAGCCAGAUAAAAUCCCACUUGCAGAUGAAAGUUAUGGAAAUCUGAUGAUCAGUAACACGGAGACACAAGGAACCGACUGUGAGGUGGUUUUCGACAGUGAUCCGAAAUUUACCCGAAUCCAAGCAACAUCUCAAGUUAGGACAACAGCAGCUAAUCCUAUGUACGUGAAUGGCUUGCAGUCACCUGUAUCUCAAACAGAGUCUUUACUAAACCAACAAAAAACUAUGCAAUGGAUGAACAGCUUUGACUAUGGCGAAACCUGCGUUGAAGAUUCCACUCAAUACUCACAACUCCGAAGAGACAGAGCCAGCUCCCAUGGCUUAAUGCGCAUGCAGUCGAUGGGUGCAUCGUCAAACGCUGGAAUGAGACUUCAGAGGAGGGCAUCAUCUAACACUACGAACUGGCCAAACCGCCUACAUUUUCAGGAAACCAUGCUGAAAAAGGAGCUGCACAAGCUUGAAACUCAAAGCUGCAAACAGGACGAGUAUCGACCUCACGUGUACGCUGAGGAGGGCGAUUCACAGCACAACUUCGAGCUCGACGCCAUCUCCAUCGCAGAGGUUAACUUUGACCCCAACUUAGAGCUGGAUUACAAGUUCAAACAACUGGCCUCCAUCUGCAUGCCUACUGGCAAUACUGUAUACAGCACACAAGCUUCUGAUUGAACCACAAAUCAAAUUUAAACAAGAAGAUCAAUGACAAAAUUAACAUCCACUUACAGUAUAAAACCAUCCUAAUGAGACUCCUUAUUGACAGGACUGAUCUUGUCCAGACCUUGCAUCUAUAAUAAUGGUGAGACAGCUUAUUCAAGAGUUUAAGUAAAUGACAUUACAAGGUCAAUGUCUUGUUAUCGGAUUUCUCUUAACAGGUUUUAUUCAUCAUGAGUGACAUUUAAAAAAAAAAAAGAACUGAGAUUGAUAACAUUGUGAUAAAGUAAAUGAGUUUCACUGAUCCUGUGUUUCAUCAAAUAGAGAAAAAGCAGGUGAAAGAGAUUUUGAGUAAUAUAGUUUAACUUAAC